AUACCCGAGGAAACGAGCUCUGCGAAUCCUGAAGGCACCACUAGGUUCACUCUACUUUUAUGAUCAGACUUAAUGAUUCUGCCUGUUCCGGUUCACUUCACCAUGCGUUAUUUCUUGGUUUCAGUACGUCAACAAACCUGUUCAAAACUCCUCGUAUCAGGAGCGAACGAGUCACUAAUUCCAGGGCUGUCAUAAAUCAGUCUCAGUCUAGUUUGCAAUCCCGUCUGGAACGUCACUCGCGCUUACAAAAAGCAAGAGUUUGUUCUUUGAUACUAUCCAAGCUCGAGCUUGUCACCCGUCCCCCCCGCCGCUGUGGACAUGAACCGCUUCAUUCGAGAACGACCUGUAGCGGAAUAUGUCGACCCUUCCAAUGUCUCCUUCCGUGAAGGAGUCGAAGACCAGAGCUCUCUCUCAAGUUCAGAGGACGAUACUGCUGUCUAUUUGUUCUAUCCUGAUGCAAACAAGAUGGACACAGACAUCGACGACGACGGAAACAACUCCCUGACAUCACAGGCCUUGAAUGCAGAUGGCACGCCUAAACGUCCCAUGAAUGCGUUCAUGAUUUUUGCUCGCAGGAGACGACCCCAAGUCUCUGCGGAAAAUCAAUCAAUGCGGACAGGGGAUGUAAGCAAAGUCUUAAGUCGAGAAUGGAAUGCUAUGGACAUGUCCGAGAAGCAGUUCUACCUUGAUCAAGCCAAGCAGCUGAAGGAUAAUUUCAAUAUCAAGUAUCCAGAUUACGUUUAUAAACGGAGACCGAACAACAGCCGCAAAAAACGAAGAGCAGACUACACGGGCAUGGCUGGAGACUCUGCUUCAACCGUGGACUCCGUCGACGAUCAGUCUUCCAAUCCUGAGUACGGCGAGAUAUCUCCUGUCGAAUACCAUCAUGAUUCUCAAGAAAGAUAUGAGAGCAGUAGGCUAGAAGUCUGUACAUCCGCGGAGGCCACACAUGAUGCUUCCUACUCGCCUCCGGCGCAACCGUCGAGUCAUCAACCGGCUGAUUCGUCACCAUAUCAUCCCCAUAGUAGAAACGAUAUACGGUUGCCGUACCUAUCCUCUCACGGGAGCGUCACGCCUGAUGCCGUUAUGGGCCCAUCCUCAUCCGUACCUCGCGGAUCGACGAGUACUACUUAUUUCCCCCCCUUCGUGCAAGAUACAACCCAUGCCCCCUCAGCGUCUUACCUGCCAAGUCAGAGUGGAAGUGAGGGGCAGUGGCACCACUCCAGUCGUUCUAAUAGAGACGGUUUAGCAGGCAUGCCCGUCCAAUCUUGGUCACAGAGUGGUCCAGAACCAUCUUUACGCGCUGGAGACGACAUGCAUCGUCAGUACCAAGUAGCUCCAUCAUGGGGUUCCAGCCGCUCGGGGCCAUCAGCUUCGAACAAUCCAUCAGUUCAUUCCUCGAGCUAUGGAUUUCCCACGCUAAACUCCUUCUAUCCGUCUCAGAGCAGCUCCCACAACGUUUAUACAGCCCAACAAUCCCCGUCACAAAUGUCUGACGUUUCUCACCACUACGGUGUUGUUGACCACAGUCAAGGGAACUCAGCGGCACCUGUGCAAGAGGAUGCAUACCAUAACCAUCAAUAUUCCACAGUUUCUACCAUGUCAGCCGGAUAUCCGCAAGGCAGUGGCUCAACCAUGCAUCAAUACCACACGCAAUUUCGGAAUAUUCAUGCCUCGGCACCAUUGACACCUAUGCAGUCAAUGCCGCUAUGCUCGCACGCGUCAUCAAUGAACACAACUUCCACCGCUAGAUCGGGAACGGACUCUGCCUCUGAACCCCAGUAGUGUGUUGAACCUUGUCGAACAUUAGUAGACAUUGACGGAUGUUUUUUCGGCAGUAUAAAUGUCUGAUCAUACGUGGCUCCAUAUAUAUUGAAUUCAUCAUUUCCACUACUCAGUUUCAUACGGGGGGUUAUCAAGUUCAUUGUUUACUCAGCUUAUCUGUUAUUGCCUAGACCCUGUUCUCGUGCUCUUCGCAUAUCGUAUGUUUUUGCUUUGCUUUGAUUUGAUUUUUAGUACCUGCAUUGUACAUCACUGUCAAGUAUCUGACCGUUUAUAAUAAUUCUGCAACUCAAAUAGUGGGUUGAUCAUCGAUGAUUCCCGCCUUGCCCAAAAAGAAUCGGGAUGAUCGCUCCGUGA